AUGUGCUGCUGCAUUGUAUUAGAAGUCAAUAACACUGGAAAUGACAUUGACUGCCGGAAGCUUGCGUCCACCCAAGCCAGUCGCAUUGCAGCCAGAAUUGACAAAGUUCACAGCCUAGGCGCACGGCGACUAGAUUCCGCAGUGUCUCUGGAUGCGUCUACACAUGAUGUAUCCAUUCUGUCAAGGAAUUUCCUUCUUUCGCCCCUUUCUCGUGGCCAGAUAGUUGUGAUUGACCCCGUCGGGUACACAAACGAUACGUCGAAAGCUCGCCCAGUUGCAGCAGAUGAGAUCAUAUUGGCAUUAACAAAGGAGCUAGCUGGUUUAUCUAGCAAGUCUGGCCUAAGUGAGGCUUCUGCUGAAACGCUCCAAAAAGUUCCGCAGUGGCAACAUGAUAUAUCAGUUGAGAGAUUGAUCAUUCUAGACCCACUAGGCGGUAUUCCGUCCCUAGGCCGUGGACUGCAUAAAUCUCAUGUGUUCAUUAAUCUUGAACAGGAAUAUGAAGAUAUUCAAAACGAGAUAGCCCAAGCAAUCCCUAACCCGCAAAAAUCAGCUCACAGUGGACUUCAGGCCGAGUUGAAAGGCCAUUUGGCUAACCUAACCUUACUACAGAAAGCACUUGCUCUCCUCCCUACCUCUUCCUCGGGCCUUAUUACCACUCCUCAAGAUGCAACGACCUUACCUCUAAAUCAUAAUGGUAUCCAUGGAACCCCAGCCGUGGGUACUCGCCAGCGGCGGAAUCCCUUGAUACAUAACCUCCUCACAGACAAACCUGUUCUUUCGGCAUCACUGCCUGCCAGGCGCCGUGGUGGGGAAAAGGGUGAUAAUGUCCCUAACAGUCAACCGUCCCAUCCUACUUUUGUGAAGCAUGGUAUGCCACUUACCAUGAUACCUGACCCACGGGUUAAAUGCUGGACCGCAGCGCACAACGACAGCUCCCGCAUAAAUCUGGAUGAUCCUGCAAUAGACCUGCCACGACUAGUCCAUCUCAUUGAUGACUCGUUUAAUAGAAAGCUGGACGUUGAACAUUAUUUGGAUCGUGUGAAGGAUCGGCUAGCAGGCUUGAUUAUUGCCGGGGAAUAUGAAGGCGGAGCAAUUUUAACUUGGGAGCUCCCUCCGGGUAUCCCUGAUGACGGUAGUCCUGAAAGCAUGUCCCGAAUGGUUCCUUAUCUAGACAAGUUUGCCGUCUUAAAAAGAAGUCAAGGGGCAGGGGGUGUUGCUGACAUCGUUUUUAACGCCAUGGUGCGAACCUGCUUUCCAGAAGGUGUAUGCUGGCGAAGCCGAAAAAACAAUCCUGUCAACAAAUGGUAUUUCGAGAGGUCGAGAGGGACUUGGAAACUCCCAGACUCGAAUUGGGCAAUGUUCUGGACUACUGACAAUGUCCCAGAGAAUGAGCAGCUUUUUGAAGAUUAUGAGAGUGUCUGUCGCUCAAUUCAACCGAGCUGGGCAGAUAAUAAAAAAGAAGUGGAUUAA